CUUCACGGGCUGUGGAGACUGAGACUGUUGUUCUCUCGUCUCUCAGGGAGCAGAGCAGAGUAGCGGGGGCAGUCGUCUCAGAGAAGGAAAAGCAGCACUGAGGUGUCACCGCAGCCAUAGAAGAUGGUGCUGAAGCCAAAAUGAGACCAUGGACCACCACGACUCAGCAACACAGACAGGAAGCUGUUCAACAGCCAUCACAAAUAUUUCGACAGCCAGGCGUACUGCUAAUUUAGUAAUUCUCAGGAGCAGCAUUUAUUAAAAAUGUUGUGCGACCAUAUUCCUGUAGUAGUUGUUUUGAUGAAUAUUGUCAUGAGUGCUGGUGUGGUCAAGUCCUAGGAGAGUUAAAAGCUAUGGUUCAGGCCCAGCAAGAACAGCAAACUGUCAAGUAAAUUAGAAACGAAGAGGAAAUAUUGGGAGAAAGACGCUGAGGGAUCAAAAGGGCCAAGAUCUUAAGUCACAUUUGACCAUGGAGACCCUGAGAUUAGAUUGUAUGCACCUUAAUAAAUGGGAGCACUCGGGCGCUCUGCGUGAACAUAUUUAAUAACAUUAUAUGCGAGCCUAAGGCUCAUUAUGUGAAUGUCCUCUUUGCAAAAAAAGUGAGACCUCACAUCGAGUUUAAAACUAAAAAGUAACAAUGGUUCACACAAAGCUCCAGUGAUGACGUCAUCAGAUUGUCUCCAGUGAAGCACCAGCGAUAAUGUUGUCACAAGUGCUGUUGGGUGCCAUACUGUCCCUCCUCAUCCUUCUGACUAUCGGCGGUAAUGUGCUGGUGUGCCUGGCUGUCUGCGCCUCUCGACGCCUCCGCUGCCUCACCAACUGCUUCAUUGUGUCUCUAGCUGUGACAGACUUGCUGCUCGGCCUCUUGGUUCUCCCUUUCUCCGCCCUCCUCCAGCUCACCAACGAGUGGCCGCUCGGCCCAUCCUUCUGCAACUUCUACAUCUCCAUGGAUGUCAUGCUGUGCACUGCCUCCAUCCUCACCCUCCUGGCCAUCAGUGUGGACCGCUACCUGGCAGUGACCAUGCCUCUGAGAUAUGCCUCGCUGGUGUUGCCAUGGAGAGUUGCUGUGGCCAUGGCCAGUGUUUGGACAGUGUCCGUGGCCGUGUCUUUCUUGCCCAUCCAAAUGGGGUGGAAUACUGUAAAUGGCACGGUGCAGAACUACGGGCCUUGGGCUCAAGAGGGGAGAUGCCGCUUUGAGCUGAACAGACCCUAUGCCCUCACUGACUCUCUACUGACUUUCUAUCUGCCUCUGGUGGCUAUGUGCUGGACCUACCUCCAAAUACUUCGGAUUGCACGGGCACAGGCCAAACGCAUUGUCAGUGCCCGACCCAAUAGCAGCACGAGUAACAACUGCAGGAACAAUCCUUCCAGCAGUAUCACUUUGGUUACCAGUAUUACAGCAGUGGCUCUGCGGGAGCACAAAGCCACAAUGACACUGGCAGCAGUGAUAGGGGCUUUUGUUGUAUGCUGGCUGCCGUAUUUUAUCCUCUUCACAGUGUUGGGCCUGGAGGAGAAUCCAGACCCAAGCAAAGUACCAUCAUUCCCUGUUGUGUUGUGGCUGGGUUACACCAACUCAGCCUUUAACCCUAUCCUCUAUGGAGCUCUCAACAGGGACUUUAGGUCAGCCUACAGUCAUCUACUGAGAUGUCGAUGCCCUUCUUACAGUGGGUGGAGGUGCCGACAGCCAUCUCCCACUGUGACAGCAGCCAGAGAGCAGCUUACAGAGGUGACACUGCUGUGUGGCCACACCCCCACCACCUGCAGGGCAGGUCUAGCAGAGCAAAACUUUAUGCUUCAAGAAAUGAACAGCGGGACAUCCACAGCUACUAUCCAAAUUGCAAAUGGCACUGCUGCCACAGAUGUCAAUGGCAAUGAAAGGUCGUGCUGAGCCUGUGCUGGUGAGGUGGGUGCUGUGUUCACUGUACCGCGGCUGCAACCAAGAACCAGAAUCCAUCAGCCCAAGAGGAAAAGAGCAACAGACAGACAAAAAGAUGGACAGAGAUUUACAGCUCCUCUACUUGGAAGCCCUCAGCGCCGCAGUAGGAGCACCCAUAAUACACCACUAACCACUCUCUCUGUAAUUCAACAAACAACAGUGGGACAAAAUGGGACCUCAGCAACUCCACACCUCAUCAGCAAGAACCAACUGUGCGCAGACAGCCGGCCUCCACCCGUCCAGGACCGAACAAGUGAUGAUGCUUCUAUGUGGAUGGAGCUAAGUUGUCUAACAAAAUCCUUCCACUGCAGCCAACCAACACACAGAGCAAAACAUGGCCCUGAUAUGCUCUUCAUCUAACUGUGAAUAGUACUGAAGCUCUGGAGAACUAAAUGAGACCAGCCCGAUAACUUGUUGGUCAUCAAUUUAAUGAACUUUUUUUUUUAUGCUGACUCAAGGGUGCACUCCAGUGGAAACACAAAGUAUCACAACUUUAACCUGGACAAAAUAAAUGGAAAUGUUUCACAACAUGAGAGAAUGGAAGAGAAAAAGUGAUAAAUGGACUUUUAUUAUUAUCACUUUAUGUAAAAUGUGUUGUGACAUUUGAAUGUGUAGCAUUUAAUGUUAUGUGUCUAUUUCGAAGAACGCAGAUCGUGUCUCUGCUGUUGCUCACUCAGUGGCAUAAAGCUAGCAAAUGUAUUGUAUCAUACUGUAAAAGUAACUGAGAACUGUUUCUACAAAACAGAAAAUUACAACCAUACUGUACCAAUAAAGGGCAGCUUAAAUAAAGAC